AGUCAAAACUUGAAAAUAUUUCAUCCAAGGUCUGUGAUUUCUUCGGCUUUUGCUUUUUGCCGAUAUUUACAAAGAAAAUAAAUACAAUUUAACCACCAACGCGCUUUACCUUAAAACUGGCCAUGGCUUCUCCGUUGGAGCAGUUCGUCAACAAUGUUAGAACAAUGUCGGCUUCAGGUAAUUUCCGGGAGCUUUGUGAGAUUAUUGGCAAGUCUGACGAGGUGCUGCAGAGGAACACGGCGCACCUGAACAACGUGCUGGAGACGCUCGACAUGCAGCAGCACUCGCUCGGAGUGCUGGCUGUGUUGGUCGCUAAAUUCUCUUCUCAGGGUGCCAGUGAUGUUGACAAAUCAACCAUGUUUCAACAAAUCAGCGACUUCAUCAACAACUGUAAUGGUGAACAAGUUAGAUUUGCUCCAGAUUUAUAUGCUGAUCUAUGCCAUCUCCUGACCGAUCACCUGGUUGAAGUGAAGCAGCCACUCCGAGGAAUUGAGAUACUGAAGAAGGCAAUCAGAAAGAUCCAGCUGUUUGACUCGCAGCUCACAUCCAUCCACGCAGACCUCUGCCAGAUGUGCCUCCUGUCCAAAUGUAUUAAACCAGCCAUUGAGUUCUUAGAUACAGAUGUUACUGGCAUAGGGUCUGAGCUAGGAGGAAACAAUGACUCAAAGCAUUUCCUACUGUACUACUACUAUGGAGGCAUGAUAUACACGGCUAUGAAGAACUAUGAUAGAGCACUCUAUUUCCUUGAAGUUGUAGUCACAGUUCCCGCCAUGGUGGUCUCACACAUCAUGCUAGAAGCUUACAAGAAAUACAUCCUAGUGUCACUUAUUUUACAUGGAAAGAUUCUGCCAAUGCCCAAGUACACGUCGCAAGUGGUGUGCAGGUUCCUGAAGCCGCUCUCAGUGGCGUACCACGAGCUGGCCACAUCCGGGCACGCGGCCAUCAAACACAGGGACACAUUUGUGAGGGACCGGAAUAUGGGCUUGGUUAACCAGGUCCUGAGUUCGAUGUACAAGAAGAACAUUCAGCGGCUGACGCGGACGUUCCUCACUCUGUCGCUAGCGGACGUGGCGGCGCGGGUGCAGCUGCCCGGGCCCAAGCAGGCAGAGACCUAUAUACUCAAUAUGAUAGAGGAAGGCGAGAUAUACGCCAUGAUCAACCAGAAGGACGGCAUGGUGGUGUUCCUCGACUGCCCGGAGAAGUACGCGUCGCCUCAGACGCUGGGCGUGCUGGAACAACAGAUGGCGGCCUGCACCAAGCUACACCACCACAUACAGGAGAUGGAUGAGCAGAUACAGGUCAACCCGCAGUAUGUCAAGAAGUCAGUCGGCACUCACGAAGAGGAUCUCCCUGCGACGAGUCAAAAUGCAAAAACCACAUACUCAAUGUAAAAAUUACCUUAAAUGUAUGUAACCUUAAUCUUUUAGUUUUCAUAUAAUAACUGUAAAAUAAA